UCGACACACACCACCGGCCGCCUCCGCGAGCAGAUUACAUUCAGUCUCAGCCACCCACUUCCCACCGGCACCCAAAUAUUUUCCGGCCGUAUAAAUAAUCUCCGGCGAGCACGAGCAGCCCCGGCCAGCCAUGGAGGACUGGCUCUUCUACUCGCUCACCACCCUGCUCUGCCUCCUCUGCUCGCUGGUGCUGCGGGCCCGGACCCGGAGCCCGGCCCAUGCCCACGGCAGCAGCCUGCCGCCGGGCCCGGCGCCGGUGCCGGUGCUUGGUCCGCUGCUCUUCCUGGCCCGCCGCGACUUCGACCUGGAGCCCCUGCUCCGGCGCCUUGCGCGGGAGUACGGGCCGGUCUUCACGUUUGCGCCGCUGGGGACCGCGCGGCCCAACAUCUUCGUCGCGGCCCGGGGGCCGGCGCACCGCGCCCUCGUGCAGCGCGGCGCCGCCUUCGCCUCCCGCCCGCCCGCCACCGCCUCGGGCGCCGUGCUCACCAGCGGCAGCCGCAACGUCAGCUCCUCCCCCUACGGCGCAACGUGGCGCGCGCUGCGGCGGAACCUCGCGGCGGGCGUGCUCAACCCGGCGCGCCUCCGCGCCUUCUCGCCCGCGCGCCGCUGGGUGCUCGACGCCCUCUUCUCCUGCCUCCGCUCCGCCGGCGGGAACGCGCCCGUCGCCGUCAUGGAGCCGUUCCAGUACGCCAUGUUCUGCCUCCUCGUGUACAUGUGCUUCGGCGACCGCCUCGGCGAUGCGCGCGUCAGAGCCAUCGAAGCCACGCAGCGGGAGCUCCUUGGCAAUUUCCUCAGCUUCCAGGUCUUUUCCUUCCUCCCGUCGAUCACCAAGAUUGUGUUCCGCCGCCGGUGGGAGAAGCUCGUCUCCCUUCGGCGGAGGCAGGAGGAGCUCUUCGUCCCGCUGAUACGCGCCAGGAGGGAGGCCGGGGCCGGCGGGGACUGCUACGUGGACUCUUUGGUGAAGCUGACCAUCCCGGAGGACGGCGGGAGGGUGCUCACCGAUGGCGAGAUCGUCAGCCUCUGCUCCGAGUUCCUGAGCGCCGGCACCGACACCACGGCGACCGCGCUGCAGUGGAUACUGGCGAACCUGGUUAAGAACCCGGCGAUGCAGGACAGGCUGCGGGAGGAGGUCGCCGGCGUCGACGGCGAGGUGCGGGAGGAGGAACUUCAGGGGAUGCCGUACCUCAAGGCCGUGGUGCUGGAGGGGCUCCGGCGCCACCCGCCGGGCCACUACGUUCUCCCGCACGCCGUGUCCGAGGACACGGCGCUGGACGGGUACCGCGUCCCGGCCGGCGCGCCGGUGAACUUCGCGGUGGCCGACAUCGGGCUGGACAAGGAGGUGUGGGACGAGCCUUCGGAGUUCCGGCCGGAGCGGUUCCUGCCCGGCGGCGAGGGGGAGGACGUCGACCUGACCGGCAGCAAGGAGAUCAAGAUGAUGCCGUUCGGCGCCGGGCGGAGGAUCUGCCCCGGCAUGGCGCUGGCGCUGCUGCACCUCGAGUACUUCGUGGCCAACCUCGUGAGGGAGUUCGAGUGGCGCGAGGCCGACGGCGAGGAGGUGGACCUCACCGAGAAGCUCGAGUUCACCGUCGUCAUGAAGCGUCCGCUCAAGGCCACGGCCGUGCCGCUGCGGUCGCCACCGCUGACUGAUUGAUCGAUUGCUCCCUUCUCUCUAGCAUGGCAAUGGAUUGGCAAGAGUGCUUCUGCUGCACUAGUGUGCACGUGUGUACAAUAAGGCACCAACCAGUAAAUACUAGCUAAGUGAUCCUAAGUUUACAAUAAAAAUAUAAAAAU